GAUCAACUGGUUGUUGUAGUGACUUGCUCAUAGAAAUUUAGGUGGAGUUUUCUUUAGGGCCUGCUUGGAUCACAAAGCUGCGCUCUCCUCUCUGCUUUCCUUUCUUUCUUUUUCUCUUUUCCAGUCACGCACAUUUUAUUUACCCUCUGGUUUUUUCCCCCCAGACUACCAAAGCCAUUGCAGGAAGACCUUUUUGUUUAAUAUUUAAAGUGAUUGGAAAAGACCCAACAGCAAGAUGGUUCAGUAUGGUCUGGAUUAUACCCGCUGCAGAUGGAUCUUGCCCCUUCUGCUGGGCUUAGCAAUGAUCUUUGGCAUCAUUUCACUAGCUGGUUGGGGCUGGGUAACCUCACAAACUUUUCCAUUUGUGAGUGAAGGGUCGUUAUGGAAGUUAUGUUCUUUGGAAGAUGAUUGGCGAUGUACGUCUCUCAUGGAUUUUGCUUGGGGCAGAGGUGCAGCUGGUACCUUCUUAGUUGGAUUUGUACUCGUCUGCAUCUGCUUUGCCUUGUCCAUCAUCGCCUUUGCCAUCCCGACACUUCGCUUCAACUUCAUUAGAGGCAUAGGAGGCUUGUGUUUUGUCGCUGCCAUAUUCUCAUUAAUGGGCCUUGUCAUCUAUGCUGUAAUGAUUUCAACGCGUGUGGCCUUCCCAGUAAAUACUGUGCAUGUGUUUGACUGGAGCUACGGAUUUGGGUGGACCAUGUGUAUCAUGUCAAUAGGUCUUGGAUUCUUCUUUUGUUGUCUCCCCCUCUAUGAAGAUCAUAUUUUGGGAAACGUCAAACCUGAAUUUUAUUAAAAUCUCCAUUAAAGAGCAGCAGGGUCAUCAUAGGGUAGUCCCUGACUGUUUGGGGUCCAAAGAAGCAUACAGACGUACCUACCAGCUCAAGUCCAAUAUGCAAGAAUAUUAGAAUAUAUAGAGGUUUAGCAGCUCAAAAAAAAAAAGUAUGAACAAGAAUUGCUCUCAAUUCUUGUUAAUGUGGAUUUGUUAUUUUUUUUAAAAAAAAACUUUUUUUACCAUUAGUUUUUACAGGGAAAUAAUAACUGAACUGUCUUAAUUGAACAUUCACCAAUUUACAGUGUUUGUUUAUAAUCAGUAUUGACUUCCUCCUGUGGCCCCCACUAUUCUGCAAGCUGCUCCCAAUCUUUUGGGGGGGUACACUUUUAGGGGCAGGGGUUCAAAAGCCUGCAGAGGGUAAGAUGAAUUGAUGACAACAGCUAUUCUGCUUCAUUCCUUAGUGUGAAAGAAAUCCUGCUAAAGCCUGUUUAUAUUCAAUCCACUAGACAGACAUACCACCAGGAAAACAAAUGUUUUUAAAAAAGACCUUUCUUGAUUGCAUUAUUACUAAUAUGUAUAAGCUUGUCUUCUCCAAUAUGUCAACUGCAGAUGUGUUGGGAUUGCAACUCUCAGAAUUAGAUGUUUAAUUAUGGUGACUGAAAAUUUUUGGAAUCUGUGUUGUUGUUCUAAUGAAACAUCAAUAUUGAAGCACAUGCUUUGUUUGCAAAACAAAAUUUCCAAAUUUAGGCUAUAAGCUCUUUAUUAAAAAGAAUGAAGCCAACAUGGAAAACUUUUAUGUACCUGAAAGCAUUAUUAGCCAGAACAGACUGCAUGAACUGCACAAAUUGUUUAGUUAGGAAGAGGUUGGGAGGAAAUUAUGUUCCCACUCUAACUGAGAACACCUGAACACCAGCCUAAUUUCUCUAGGUUUUAACAAAAAUAUUUGGCCUGCACAUUUUAAAGGCAACUCUAUUACAUUCCAAACUUGUUUACCAUAAACAAUAAUCUCUUAUUAAAUGUCCUCAGAUCUGCAAACUGACCUUCAGAAGAGUUUGCUGAAGUUCCAGUUGUACUUUUGUAUUAGCAUAUAUUAGUUUUGCCUACUUGUUUUAAAGUGUAAAUACAUAGCCUUUUGUAAUGCAUGGAUGCAUAAUUGCCAAAAUAUGUUCAUUAUUUUUUUACGGAGUCAAUUCUUUUGUAAUAUUUUGUUUAUCUUCAGUUGACGAAAGCAACACAAUCCAUCAUAACACUGAAAGCAAUGGUGCUGCAUAGGCGUAGAGAAGUCAGAAAAUGUACAUAUAUACAUUAUCUAUUAUACUAAGGGUCAGCUGGUACUCAUUUCUUUUGCCAUAUAUUCUGACCUCUUACAGCAAGUGUGAGCAACUAUGGCAACUUUAUGACUUGUGGACUUCAGCUCCCAGAAUUCCCAUGGCUUAGGGCCCGGGUACUUACGGGACCGCCUGCUGUUACCUUAUGCCUCCCACCGACCCGUACGCUCACACAGAGAGGGUCUUCUCAGGGUGCCGUCCGCCAAACAAUGUCGGCUGGCGGCCCCCAGGGGAAGGUCCUUCUCUGUUGGAGCACCUACCCUCUGGAACGAACUUCCCCCUGCUUUGCGGCAAUCUGACCUUCGGACCUUUCGCCGGGAAUUAAAAACUUAUUUAUUUAUCCAAGCGGGACUGGCUUGAUUUUUAAAUUUUUAAAUUUCUGAAUUUUUAAUAAUUUUAAAUUGGAGUAUUUUAGUAUAGGUCAAUUCGACGGUUUUAAUUUUCAGCCAUCUUUUGAAUAUGUAUUUUAAUUGUUAUUUUAAUUUUGUAUAUUAUUGUUUUAAUCUGGCUGUACACCGCCCUGAGUUCUUCGGGGGAAGGGCGGUAUAAAAAUCUAAAUAAUAAAUAAAUAAAUAAAUAAAAAUUCCUCAGCCAACUGGCUUAAAGUCCAGUUAAAGUCCACAGGUCAUAAAGUCGCCAUAGUUACCCACCCCUGUCCUAUAAGUUUGUUUCUUAAUUCAAACCUUAUUCCCAAGUAAAAAUACAUAAAGCUGUCAUCUUAGAUUGUAAAAUGUAGGAAUUGUGUAGCUUCCAUGUUCUGCAUAGUGUUCAAGGUUUAAUUAAAAGUUAAAUCAAUAGCUACAGUGGCAAGUUGAACUCAAAACCAUCUAUUGUGCUUUGGCAUAAUUUUCCAUGUUUCUUAAUUGCAUGCUCAAAAGGAUGUGAUAUUAUUAAAAUUAGUUAAUAAAACA